AUGGUCGAUGACGACGGACGUGAUGGUGAUGUGCUUGUCGGGGCGUGGAGACAACUGGCCGCUGCCCGAGUCAUCCAGCGUUGGAUACGCACCAGGUUUCAGCCGUGGCUGCAAAAAUGCCAGCCCCUGCGGAGGGGCGGUCCGUCCGAACCUGCAUGCGAACUCUUCUACGAGGAUCAUAUUGGGCCACCGACGAUUGAGAAAAACUUAGAUGUUGGCACAGACCGCCCAGGAGGCGACAGCAUCUGGUUUCGUCUGAAGACCCCUUACCCUUGGCCUUCAGCGGCGGAUAGUGCUGACUGGGAAUGGACCUCUAGUAACACUCUUCCGUCACAGUUGUCGGAGGAAGCAGAAACCGCUGACUUCAGCAGUUCCAUUGGCGAUCAGCUCUCUAUAGAGCGGCUGUCAACGCCGCUGCUUCAUGCACCCGCCAAGAAUGUUUUGGCCACUCCGUCUGAGAAGGCGUUCGGGGAGCUGCUGCACCGCCCAGGAGGCGACAGCACCUGGUUUCGUCUGAAGACCCCUUACCCUUGGCCUUCAGCGGCGGAAAGUGCUGACUGGGAAUGGACCUCUAGUAACACUCUUCCGUCACAGUUGUCGGAGGAAGCAGAAACCGCUGACUUCAGCAGUUCCAUUGGCGAUCAGCUCUCUAUAGAGCGGCUGUCAACGCCGCUGCUUCAUGCACCCGCCAAGAAUGUUUUGGCCACUCCGUCUGAGAAGGCGUUCGGGGAGCUGCUGCGUGAGUGCAAACACGCGACCCCAAUGACCUUCGACGCUGUGCUAGAGGACAUUGGAGCCGAAGGCUGUGUCAAACUGCACGAAGGCGGCGUCUACUCGGAGGUGUUCCGCACAUGCGGCAGCCGCGGCGCUGCUGUACUCAAGGUUCUGCACCCUGGAUAUUUGCGUGAACAUUUGCAGCAGUUGCUUACCGAAGUGCGCGUAGCAAGAAUAUUGCGGAAAAUGAGCAUGAACGUCGACAACAACACCGGGGGAUUUGCGGAGCUGCGAGCGGUGUACGCCGUAUGGGACAAGUAUCCAUAUAUGAUGCGGAACGCGUGCAUCAACUAUCACAGCCGCAAGAACUUCUCACUCUUCGGCGAUGAAGAACGGGAGACCAGCAAGCCUUACGUUGUCAUGUACAUGUCCUUCGCCGGGCGGCCACUGAGCAAGGUUCAGUUUGCGAGUACCCUCCAGAUCCGUUCGGUGGUGCAGCAGCUAGCCCUGACAAUUGCAAUAGGCGAGACAGCACUGGAGUUUGAGCACCGUGCCCUGACGCCUGCCCACGUAUUGGUCAAGGAGGCACACGACCAGGUAGCGGCCUUUUGGUUAGACGGGCGCCCACUGCUCGUUGACAUGUUCGGCGUCCAAGUAACGGUGGUGGACUUUUCUACAGCGCGCCUCAAGUCACCCAGUGAAGAUUCGCAGGCUCUGUUUGCAGACUUGACCAAGUUGUCAGAGGAGAAGUGGGUGUCCUUAGGAGACAGUUUUGCCACAGCCUACAGCAUGAUAAGGGAGGACCUGUCCCAGUUCUACCCGUGGACCAACAUGGUUUAUCUGGAGGCGCUCACCAGGAUGCUGGUCAAAACGCACGAAGGACGAUUCGCCAGUGCUGCUGACGAGGCCGAACGGCAGGCAUGGCGUGACGUGUGCUUCUGGUUGGGCGAGAUGCCCCACUACGGCACCACCCGGGACUUCGCGUGCGAGCUGAUCGUGCAAAGUGCACGGUCUACUACGUCGCUUUCUUCUCUGUGAUAUCACCUGUCAAGCGAAAUAAAGUGGUCGUGUCGCAGGGCACCGAACCACGUCAACUAGCUACAACCACACAGUCUUUUCACUAUUAAAAAUUAAUUACCAUACGAUGUCGCAGAUAAGAAUAUUCAUAACUUGCUCGUUACUAUAAUUAAGUAAUAUAAUGCCUCUGUAUACCUGCUACCUCUGGAUA